AUGGCUAAUACAGAUAAGAAUAUCAAUUCUGCCAUCAAUGAUGAUUUGUCUAUCAAUUUGGGGUUACAGGGAGUGGACCUUGGUAAUUAUCUCAUAAAGCAAGUUGUGAAACAUCUUCAAGCAGAAUUUCCAAAGAUGCACCAGUUUUCUAGUUUGUCUCCAAUCCCAGGGUUCCGUGAAUGGUUGCUAGGGGAGAUACACAAGGAAAUAAAAGGCGAUAACCCAAAAGGUCUUCUUUUCACUCAUUCUGAGCUAAGAACAAUCAUGGAAAUUUUUAAAAGAUCUGACAGGUCCACAAUGGAAGAGUUAAGACGACUGUUCAUCACUAAUGAUUGGUCUCAAUCCUCAAAGAUGCUUAGACUAUUGGAAAGACCUUUAUUGCGACUGUGUGCAAGGUAUCUUUACUCAGAGAAACGACGAGGCCAUGCCUUAAAUCCAGUUGCCAAUUUUCAUUUACGUAAUGGUGCGGUACUAUGGCGUAUUAAUUGGCUGGGUGACGUAUCUCCACGUGGCCUGACAGCAUCCUGUGGACUUAUGGUCAAUUAUAGAUAUUUCCUGGAUAAUACAGACUGGAACAGUCGCCGAUAUAUGGAAGAACAUCAUAUUGAGACCACACAACAAGUAUUAGAUUUAGUCGCAGAAUACAAUCAAAUUUACACAGCACAUUUAAGCAAUUUGUAACAAAUCUGUAUAUAUCAUUUGUAUUUUCUGUUUCGCCAUAAUUUUUCCC